CUGCUUUGCGCUGCCUUGGCCUGGCAGCAGCAUGUCAGAAAUCGCACCGCCACAGACCUCGCGCAGAAGUUUCAGGAGUCACAUCCCCAGUUGCGAGGAAAAGAGAACGUGGUCGAGCAAAUCGCGUCGCCGAGAAAAAACCAUGACUUCAGUUUCAACAAACCAAACUUCGGUGAGAGGAGCAUUUACGACAAGCCGAGCGACGGGGACGCCUCCAGCUCUGGCGUCAAACGGAUGGAACCACUUUCCCCCGACGCAUUUGAAGAAUCAUCGAACAAUGGUAUGGUAACCAUCCACAAGAAGCGGAAACUGAACACUUCCAUGGAUACUGACUCCGCGUCACCUGAUCCACCUUCUACUCCUGAGAAGACCAUCAAGCCACCUGAACCCGAGACUCCCGAAGAUGUCCGACGGCUGUACAACCUCAUCACGUCCCUUCAAAUCCGGACCUCCAUGCUUGUUGAUUCCAGCAUACCAACCAUCUACUACGGCGCGCGGACGCACAAGCAACUGCAGCAGGUGGUCAAGGAAUUCAAGAGGACCUUCUACUGCGGGGAGGCCAAGAUGACGAUCUUGGCGAGCCGGGAGUACGCAUGUAUCAGGGAGUUUGACAAGCAGCUUUGGAAGACUAAGAAUGACAUGUGCAGAGGAUGUACCAAGACUCACUCCGCCCCACCAGACGCGCCAACCCAGACAGCCACCAACUGCAAACCCUACGACAACUACAAGGUGCUCCACCACGGUUCCCUCCCGGCCGCCUUCGACCUUGAGGAAUUGGUCGCUGUUGGAGAGUCCCUGGUAGCCUGUCCGUACUACGCGGCAAGGAGUAUGGCCGCCGCGGCGCAUAUAGUCUUCUGUCCGUACAACUAUCUCAUAGAGCCUGGCAUUAGGAGCAACAUGCAAAUAGACGUACGAGACCAGAUAAUAAUAAUCGACGAGGCUCACAACAUUGAGGAUAUCUGCCGAGAUGCAGCCACGCAGACAGUCACGAGGGACGAAAUACAACUCGCUAUCAAGGAGCUGGCACAUGUAGCAGAGUACCGUUACGCGAACCAAGACGUAUUAAGUUACAUAGACAUCUUACUAAAAACUCUCAAGUUCUGGGAUGAUUGGUUCGCCAACCAGCUUCCCUUGCUAACCAACAAGCCUAUAACCAAUAACGAGGCAGUCCACACCUGGCAGGUUCAGCAUUUCGUCCAGACGCUCAACAACCACAACAUCGGCUUGGAGCAUUUUAACGAAUUCAGCGAAAGCGCCGACAUUUUCUGCCGGCGGCUACGCGAGGAUCCGCGGACGCUGUACGGAGUCUCGCAAGCGACGGGCGCGCUUAUUGAGACCUUACAAAUGGUGCUAGGGUUCCUGUUCCGUCAGGACGCCAAGUAUUUGGACGACUUCGUGCCGGCGCUGGUUAAGACGGGAGGAGACGAAACACGCUACUCGCAGUUCUCUCAGUAUAGUCAGGCAAAGGAAACUCUAGAACUUCGUCUCCUCUGUAUGAACCCAGCAGUAGUGUUUGAGGGUCUAAAAGAGGCCAAGUGUAUCAUACUGGCCUCAGGAACCCUCACGCCCCUAAUAAGUCUACAUUCCGAACUGGCUACCGAAUUCCCUCUGCAAGUCAGUCCUAACCACGUCAUACCUCCAGACAGGGUGUGGAUUGGCUCUCUAUCAACCUGCCCUAACGGUCGCCGCUUAGAGUGUAACAGCCGCGGCACCGACCAGCCAGACACACAGGACGGCCUUGGACAAGCAAUUCUCUGGGUCUCACAAGUCACACCUAGCGGGGUCCUUUGUUUCCUACCGUCGUACGCGCUUAUAAACAAACUUGUGAAGAGAUGGCGAGAGACUGGGUUGUGGAUGCAACUGAGUCAGACGAAGCGGGUCUUCGUGGAGUCCAGGAAUGUUAGAGAUCACAACGAUAUCAUGGAGGACUACUACAGAUACUCGGCAAAUGCGGAGGGCGCCCUACUGUUCGCCGUGUACCGCGGCAAGGUCUCCGAGGGCAUGGACUUCAAGGACCACCAGGCACGAGCCGUCGUCACGAUUGGUGUUCCGUAUCCGAACACUUUCGACAUGGCCGUGAAAGAGAAGAUGAAAUAUAACGACAAGUACGCCGCGCAGAGAAACCUGCUGUCCAGCCGAGAGUGGCUUCGAGUACAAGCUUACAGGGCGCUGAACCAGGCGGUGGGGCGCUGCGUGCGCCACCGCGGCGACUGGGGCGCCGUGCUGCUGGUGGACGCCAGGUUCGAGAACCACUACUACACGGACCACCUCUCCAAGUGGGUCAAGGGAUUUCUGGGCAACAAUCACCACACGUACGAGAGCUUAGUCAACAGCGACUACAGUCUGGAGAGCUUCAUGCAAACCAUGACUAUGGCGGAUCAGGAAGAACAUUAAACACAUCCAGCAGCGUAGCACACUAGUUGGAUAAACUUAGCAUCAGUGCGUCCCUGUGGCACUUACAUAUAGUGCGAAAAGGACAGUCUGACGAUAUAUCGUUCAUCACGCGACCGUGCUUGCCUGCCUGGGCUAAGAUGGACGGCUAUUUGGGCGUUUUCCAAAUUAAAUCCCGAAUAUCGAAUUUCACCAGAUCUGGACGUGUUUGGCAUUAUUCUCAGAAUCACAAGCUGAUUCGAUCCCGACUAUAAAAAAGUGUG